AUAAAAAGGGAAAUAAGUAUAGAUAACAUUAACUAUGGCAUUGAGCAUGCAAAGGUUUGAACUAUUAAGUAACUGAAGCGAGGAAGAGUGCUCAACUUCCUGUUUGUGGUUUCAGGCCAUAAAAAUACUGUAACAUUAGCUCUUUCUCCACCCUGUUCAUGAAAACAGCAUUCAUGGACACACCUUUAAGAAGUCUCUGUAAAAGAGCUGUGUUUCAGAGGAGGAGGAGGAAGGCGACUCAACAGCAUCACAUGUUUGGGCAGGGCUACACAGCCGGCAGUGUUUUGGCUGAUCAGCAGGAGGAGAAACAGGAAGUGCAGAGAAACACAGAGCAGGCCAGCUCAUAAGCUCACGGUACACACGAGAGAGAUCAAUUUCUCACUUGAAGGUGCAGACUAUGGAGGGAGCUACAACACAAGAUGAAAUUCACCAGGAGGAGAAAGAAAGAUCAGGAAGCACUGAAGUAGGGUGGACAGAUCCAAAGGAAAGAGAGUUGAGACUGGUGCUGCUGGGCUCAGCGGGUGCUGGGAAAAGCACUGCGGUCGAUGCCAUCCUGGGCAGCCCGACAUCUGAGUCCGACCAUACAGGCCCUGAGACGCCAGUCGCCGCCUGUCAGAAGAGACGUGUGACGCUGGCAGGACGGCAGGUGGCUGUCGUGGACACACCUGACUGCCUGUGCAUCGAGCGCCCCGCUGAGGACGUCCGCCGCCAGUUCUCGCUCUGCGCUGCUUUAUCGGCCCCGGGGCCCCACGCUUUCCUGCUCUGUGUCCCUGUUCACCGGCCCAGCAACCUGGAGCUCCAGAUUUUGGAGACCAUCGAGAAGGUGUUUGGUCCUGAAGCGGUUAGUAAACACACAAUGGUGCUCUUCACUCGCAUGGGCCGACUGCCCGAGGAUGUUUCUCUGGAUGAGUAUCUCAGCACAGAACGGGCCGACUUACUAGAGCUCGUACAGAAGUGCGGGGAUCGACACCACCCGCUGCGGCCGGGAGCGAACGCAGAGGAAAAGGACAACGUGGAGGAGCUGCUGAUAAAGGUGGAGGAGAUGGUGAAAGAAACCGGGACUCAAUUCUACACCUGCCCUCUCUUGAAGGAGGCAGAGAGGAGAGUGAAAGAGAAGGAGGAGGAGAUCUUGAGAAGCAGAACAGAAAGAGGAGAGGACGAUUCGGAGGGAAUAAGGGCCGAAGCAGAGAGAAGUGUGGAUGAUUUGGUGGUUGAGGGAAUCGCAGACCUCUGCGUCUCCACGCCUGACGACUCAUUCUUACGCUGGUUGUGGGACAGUGUGGUCGGGUGGCUUCUGUGGCUCCCGAAUAUGGUGAGGGGCAGUGCUUUACUGGGGUCGUUUGUGGGGUUGUUCGUCGGGGGGCCCUUAGGAGGGGCCAUGGGAGCGACGGUGGGCUCUGUGGCGACGGAGAUGGGUAGACGGAAAAAAAAAAACCAAAUGAGCACUUGAAAAUUUGGUAACAUCUUAUUGUAUUUUUCACUAAGAAACAUCAAAAAACAGAUCAAUUGUUCUUAUACAUUCCAAUGUGAAUAUAUAAUCGGCUAAUGAAAUGCUUUUGCAUGAUUCUUGUUGAACACAAUUUUUUUCCUUUACAAAAAUUAUAUUAUUAACUGUCAGUUUGAGUGAAAAGUUGAGUUGGAAAAUUAACGUGAAGUUCAGUCUUAGAUUUUGCUUUAAUGACAGAAACACUUUACACAUGUUUGCUGAUAACGCUAUGACAAGCUCUGUCACAUGGUUGCUUUUCAUUUCUGACCCAGAAAUAAUGCAGAAUAUUUCAUUUUUAAUUAAUUUUACCUUAUAUCUUGUUAAUUUUCAAAAUCCUAAAAUUUUCAGUUUAGACAGAUUUUCAGUCUAUAUAAAUUAUAUAAAAUGAAUUGUGUAAAAAUCCAAUGAAUAUAUAAAUGCAUAAAUAUAUAAUAUAUAUAUAAACUAUAAAUGCACCACAGUGUGUGCGUGCACAUGGAUGGGUGAAAUGAAGAGCACAAAUUCUGAGUAUGGACACCACUUAAAUUUUUUUCACUUUUAUAAAAUACAAUAUAUAAAUUAUACAAUAAGCAUAAAUGAAAAAAUCUAAUAACAAUACAGCAAUAUAUGUAUACAGAGUAUUCCAGCUAUACAUGUACAUUAAUUAAUGAUUUGUUAAGCAUGACAUAUACAAUAAUGUUUGUUAUUAUUAUUAAUGAAAAAUAUAAAAUAUUAUGUUACCAAAUAUUUGAGUGCUUAAAGAGUCAAGUAUUACAAAAAGGUCUAUUUUUAAUGGUGAGCAAAGAGAAGGGUUUAGAUGUGAGAUUCAUUUCUCUAAUUGUGUGCACCUUUAGUUUUUCACUAAAGCUUUUUUGCCUUAAAAGUUAGAUGUUGUUUGAUGUUUUGAGUUUAAAAAGCAUCUGUUAUGGAGCUAAUGGAGUGAAGAUUAAUGUCUUAACACUGUCACCAAAAAGCUUUAUUCGACACACACACACAAUUUAAACUCACUGUAUUACUACUAAUCCUGAAGUGCUUUGUCUGAAGUGAGGACUGAACUCUAAGCACACUAUAAAGUCUGAAUUUGUUUACAGACUGCAAACAUCUCUGGAUCUAGGUGCAUAAGUGUUUUUAUUAGAUCACUGCUGCGCUAAACAGCUGCUAUGGAACAAAUGCGUGUUACACAUUUUAAGACGGAUCGCAUGAUCAUAAAUUUAAUAACACUCAUAUAAGCGUUUUUCAUGUGCAGUUUUGUCACUUAAUUGGUUUGCAGUUCAAAUGUUUCUGCAGCUGUUCUGGAGUAUGAAAAUAAAGCGGCAUAAUGAAAA